UGGUUUCAGGUGACGAGGCUUGGAAGCUGGAAUGAGGCAGGCACUGACUGCGGGAUGGCAGCUCCAUACUUUUGCGCACGCGUAACACAUGCAUUCACGUGCACGCGUAUACAGUAACAGUCUGGCUCAUACUUAAAGGAGAGCAAACAGCUGAAUGCUUUCUGAGGCAGACGGCAAAAAUGACAAGUACGCGGGAUGCUGCGCUCCAUCCAAGCGGAGCCAGCUCCGUGGCUUUACGCACGGCUGCAGGACCGAGCUCACCCAAAAAGACCCCGAGCCUUCCAGGCUUUAUCGUGAUCAUGUCAGUGAUGUUGCUCGUCCCGGUUCAGCCAGCAUCAGCUCAUCCUCAGUGCCUGGACUUCGAGCCACCGUUCAAACCUCUUUGGCACCUGGAGUUUUGCACGCAGUACGAGCAGUUUGGCUGCUGUGAUCAGAAAACGGACAACUUGAUCGCGGAGAGAUACUGGGACAUUAUUGAGCAGUUGGAAGUGGCGGGUCAUGAGCUCUGUGCAGACAUGUUGAAGGAAAUCAUGUGUCAGGAGUGCUCUCCCUAUGCUGCCCACCUAUAUGAUGCGGAAGACUCAUACACACCUGUCAGAGAGCUACCUGGCCUUUGCUUCAGCUACUGUUCCGAGUUUCAUGGCAAAUGUCACCAUGUGGUUAAAUAUUUAACUGAGAACAAGGUGCUGCUGGACACCUCUGAGCGGGACGUGUCCACGUUCUGCAGCAUGGUCGACCUGUCUGACCAGGACUACUGCUACCCCAACGUUCUGAAGAGCUCUGACCUCAACAGCAACCUGGGGCAGGUGGUGGAAGACCCCAGAGGGUGUCUCCAGCUGUGCCUGACUGAGGUGGCCAACAAUCUCAGGAACCCUGUCUUGAUGUUGCACAGCAGUGACGACACACACCGGAUGUUCAUCGCAGAACAGGUGGGCUUUGUGUGGGUUUACCUGCGUGACGGCAGCCGGCUGGAGCAGCCUUUCCUGGACAUGAGCGGGGAGGUAAUGACCACGCCAUGGCUGGGGGAUGAGAGGGGUUUCCUGGGCAUGGCGUUCCACCCCAAGUACCGGGACAAUGGACGCUUCUUCAUCUACUACUCGAUCCAGGUCAACAGCGAGGUGGAGAAAAUCAGAAUCAGUGAGAUGAAAGUUUCUGCUUAUGAUAUGAACAUGGCUGAUCCUUACUCAGAGAGGGUCAUUUUAGAGAUCGAGGAACCAGCUGCAAACCACAACGGAGGCCAGCUACUGUUUGGUUUUGAUGGGUAUUUGUACAUUUUUACUGGGGAUGGUGGAAAAGCUGGAGAUCCAUUUGGGAAGUAUGGCAACGCACAAAACAAGAGUGCUCUGCUGGGAAAAGUACUUCGCAUUGAUGUGGAUGGAAGUGACUCCAGUGGGAGGCACUACAGGAUCCCCCCAGGUAACCCAUUCGUCGGUGACCCGGAUGCUCGGCCAGAGGUGUACGCAUACGGGGUCAGAAACAUGUGGCGAUGCUCUGUGGACCGCGGAGACCCCGUCAGCCGCUAUGGCAGGGGCAGGAUAUUCUGCGGAGAUGUUGGUCAAAACCGAUACGAGGAAAUUGACAUUAUUGUGAAGGGAGGAAACUAUGGAUGGAGGGCCAAAGAGGGUUUUGAGUGCUACGAUAUGAAGCUGUGCCAAAACUCCUCCUUGAAUGACAUCCUGCCUAUAUUUGCAUAUAGCCAUCAUGUUGGGAAGUCUGUGACAGGGGGCUAUGUGUACAGAGGAUGUGAAUCACCCAAUCUGAACGGCCUGUACAUUUUUGGAGACUUUAUGAGUGGUCGAAUAAUGGCGUUAGAGGAAGAUAAGACAACAGGAAACUGGAAAGAAAGGAGUGUGUGUAUGGGUGAUACAAAAACCUGCUCUUUCCCUGGACUCAUCAAUCAUUAUCACAAGUUCAUCAUCUCGUUUGCUGAAGAUGAAGCAGGGGAACUGUAUUUCCUGGCCACUGCCUAUCCCAGUGCCAUGUCUCCAUUUGGAACUGUUUUCAAAUUUAUGGAUCCCUCCAGGAGAGCUCCUCCAGGGAAAUGUAAGCAGAAGCCUCUGCCUGUCAAAGUGAGGGGAAAAAAGCUUCCAUUUGUGCCCAGGGAAUUGACCGUGCUGGACACAAAUGAAAAACCUACAAGACCACCACCGAGAAAAAUCAAACUCGCCACCAAACCACCAGCCACGAGGAGCCAGGUCAAACCUACGACGACUGCAGCCACCGUGACGACGACGGGCGCCGCUGUGCUGAAGUGGAAAUCAACUGAUAAGAAAGCAAAGAAGAAAAAUCAACUGAAACCUUGGAAGAAAAACAAACAGGAAGCUAACACACAAAUGAAGAAGAAUGCUUUGCGACAGAAAUCCAGAGAACAUUCAGUGAAACCCACUGUGAUAAAGCCUGUCAGCAACAAAGGCCAAGUAAAACCAAAAACCAAUCAAACUGCCACAGAUUAUUCAAAAAGCAACGCGACAAAAGCCUCCAACGGCCUGAACGACAACACAAUCCGCACAAAGAAGAAGGUUCCCCAGAGGAAAGGUGCACAGAAGCAAAUCAGACUUGAGAAAAACAGCAUAAAGAUGAAAGAAUCGGCAGCAGAACAUCAGGCUUUCAUGAACAAAACCAAGACAAACCUUAAUGUCAAAAGCAACAGAACCAUGAGAAGCCAACUUCAGGUAAAAAGCAAGCAAGCGAGAAACGCCAAAGCACUUUAAAUCAUUACUCUUUUUACUAUGACUGAGUCAAUAUUUUAUAUAUUUUUGUGUGUAGAACAAUCAGUGUUGACUGUCACAGUUUCUGUUCGUCCAACACGUAAAAAACAACACGGACACGGACAUGAGAGAGGUCGUCUCAUUCACCUCUCAGGAAAGGGAGCAAAUAAGUACAUCUCAAAAAAAAAAAAGUUUUAUUACUAUUCCUUUAAAGACACAACUGUUGCAUGCAAUUAUGCAUGUAAUGACACUGUUUCCUUUACAUUUUAUUUUUGACAGUCAUAAAAUGAUUGGCCUACGUUAAUCACUGGCCUGUCUGUAUUUAGAACAUAUCAAACAGGUUUGAAAUGGAAAUAAGGAAC